AUGGGUGGAAGCAUAACCUUAGAAUUGCUCUCAACGAGGCCCAAGUCCACACGAACCCCAAGCACUUGCGCUCCGCCGCUCCCGGCUCCCCCAACCUUGUUUCCCCAGCGCCGCCGUUUCGGUGCUAGCCGCCGCCGCCGGGGAGAGCAGCCGUUGGCCACACUCCAUCACAUUCGCAAGCAAGAGCCGACCACAUCACCACGGCGGCUCCUGGGUUCCACGAGAUGGAGGAGCUCCCCAACGGACGAGCUUCUAGUGGAGAUCCUCUGCCGCCUCCCCGUCCGCUCGGUGUGCCGCUUCAAGUGCCUCUCCCGGUCCUGGCGCAAGCUCAUCUCCGACCCCGACUACCGCGAGAAGCUGCCCCAAACCCUGGUUGGAUUGUUCUACCAGAGCUUCAGUGGCGAGCGUUACCCUUGCGUGGCUAAUCACUUCACCAACGCACCGGGAAAGGCCAUUCCUUUCAUCUACCCCUCUUUCUCCUUCUUGCCCGUCUGCAGCAGCGAUGUCGUCCCCUUGGACUGCUGCAAUGGUCUUCUCCUCUGCCACUGUUUGCAUCCGAGUCCUCAUGACAGCGAGGGGAAUAGGCCGUUCCUCUAUGCCGUGUGCAAUCCUGCGACCAAGAAGUGGGUGAUGUUGCCAGUUGGCAGCUGGGCCAUCAGCGAGGUUCGCACUGCCCGCUUGGGAUUUGAUCCCACUCUCUCGUCGCACUUCCAUGUGAUCGAGUAUCUGGAAGGUGAGGGUGAGUACAUCACAGGGGUGGAUAUUUACUCAUCCAAAACUGGAUCAUGGAGUUCCAUGGAGAGUGAAUGGAGUCAUAAUGCUAGUCUGUGCCAUGGUUCAAGAAGUGCCUUUCUUCAUGGUAUUAUGCAUUCUCUCGUGCUUAUGAAUGAAAUUGUAGCGGUGGACAUGGAAGGAAAGAGAUGGAGGACAAUUCUUACACCUCCCAGUGACGAAUUUGGCUUCAUCCAUCAAGCUCAAGGGUGCUUGUUUUGCUUGGAUGUGCAUAAUAAUGAUUAUUACAAACUGUCAAUCUUGAGUCUCGAAGACUAUGGUACAGACAAUUGGGUAUUGAAGCCUACAGUCAGCACCUUGUGGCUGUUGGGAGGGAAGAAAUUGCGAUUUGAUCAGGACUGCAAAGUGAUUGCAGUUCAUCUGCAGUGUAAUUUGAUUUUCUUUGUUUUGGGGUGGGACAAUACGCUGAUGGCAUAUGAAAUGGACCGCAGGGAAGUGCGCAUCACCCGCAAUCUUGGACAUGACUCCUGGGGUUCCUAUCUUCCAUAUGUUCCCUUCUGUUUGCUCCACUGUUUGCUCCAUUGGCAGACGAGUACUGAAACGGACAUCGAAAGUGCAGCUCCACUGUUUGCUACUGCAAUACCGUACCAAUGUUUCAGGGAGUAUAUGUCAUUGAGCAUUUCUAUCAGUUCUAGCAAUAGCAAUCAGUCAGUCAGUUGA